AUGGCCGGGGUCACUAAGGGCGCAGAGGCCCUGCUGGUGAGGACUGGGGUGGGCUUCUGGGGUGGUGAGAUCCGCCUGAGCCCUCAUGGCCCCUCUGGGUCUGGGUCUGGGUUUUGUGCUCUGCCUGGCGUCAUGGCAGCCUGCCUGCUCCGUUUCAGCGGGCUCUCGCUGGUCUACCUGCUCUUCCUGCUGCUGCUGCCCUGGUUCCCUGGCCCCACCCGGCACAGCCUCCAAGGUCACACAGGCCGCCUCCUGCGGGCGCUGCUGGGCCUCAGCCUGCUCUUCCUGGUGGCCCAUCUCGCUCUCCAGAUCUGCCUGCACACUGUGCCUCACCUGGACCAGCUCCUGGGACCCAGCUGCAGCCGCUGGGAGACCCUCUCGCGACACAUAGGGGUCACAAGGCUGGACCUGAAGGACAUCCCCAACGCCAUCCGGCUGGUGGCCCCUGACCUGGGCAUCUUGGUGGUCUCCUCUGUCUGCCUCGGCCUCUGCGGGCGCCUCGCAAGGAACACCCAGCAGAGCCCACAUACGCAGGAGCUGGAUGAUGACGAGAGGGAUGUGGAUGCCAGCCCCCCGGCAGGGCUGCAGGAAGCCGCAACGCUGGCCCCUACACGGAGGUCACGGCUGGCCGCCCGUUUCCGCGUCACUGCCCACUGGCUGCUGGUGGCGGCUGGGCGGGUCCUGGCCGUAACACUGCUCGCACUGGCAGGCAUCGCCCAUCCCUCGGCCCUCUCCAGCGUCUACCUGCUGGUCUUCCUGGCCAUCUGCACCUGGUGGGCCUGCCACUUCCCCAUCAGCACUCUGGGCUUCAACAGACUCUGCGUCGCAGUGGGCUGCUUCGGCACCGGCCAUCUCCUUUCCCUCUACUGCUACCAGACGCCCUUGGCACAGGGUCUGCUCCCGCCUGCCGGCAUCUGGGCUAGGGUGCUGGGUCUCAAGGACUUCGUGGGUCCUGCGAACUGUUCCAGCCCCCACGUGCUGGUCCUCAACACCAGCCUAGACUGGCCCAUGUAUGCCAGCCCCGGCGUCCUGCUGCUGCUGUGCUACGCCACGGCCUCUCUGCGCAAGCUCCGUGUGCACCGCCCCUCCGGCCAGAGGAAGGAGGCGGCAAAGGGGGACGAGACUCGGGAGCUGGAGCUGGCAGAGCUGGACCAGUGGCCCCAGGAUGGGGAGGCUGCCCAGCACGUGGUGCCCACAGCACCCGACACGGAGGCUGAUAACUGCAUCGUGCACGAGCUGACAGGCCAGAGCCCCAUCCGGCAGCGGCCUGUGCGGCCCAAGCGGGCUGAGCCCAGGGAGGCAUCCCCACUCCACAGCCUGGGCCACCUCAUCAUGGACCAGAGCUAUGUGUGCGCACUCAUCGCCAUGAUGGUGUGGAGCAUCACCUACCACAGCUGGCUGACCUUUGUGCUGCUGCUCUGGGCCUGCCUCAUCUGGACGGUGCGCAGCCGCCACCAGCUGGCCAUGCUGUGUUCACCCUGCAUCCUGCUGUACGGGAUGACGCUGUGCUGUCUGCGCUACGUGUGGGCCAUGGACCUGCGCCCUGAGCUGCCCACCACCCUGGGCCCCGUAGGCUGCAGCUCUCCUGCACCAGGGCCGCCCACCACCCUGGGCCCCGUCAGCCUGCGCCAGCUGGGGCUGGAGCACACCCGGUACCCCUGCCUGGACCUUGGCGCCAUGUUGCUCUACACCCUGACCUUCUGGCUCCUGCUGCGCCAGUUUGUGAAAGAGAAGCUGCUAAAGCGGGCAGAGGCUCCAGCUGCGCUAACGGAGGUCACUGUGGCAGACACAGAGCCCACGCGGACGCAGACGCUGCUGCAGAGCCUGGGGGAGCUGGUGAAGGGCGUCUAUGCCAAGUACUGGAUCUAUGUGUGUGCCGGCAUGUUCAUCGUGGUCAGCUUCGCCGGCCGCCUCGUGGUCUACAAAAUUGUCUACAUGUUCCUCUUCCUGCUCUGCCUCACCCUCUUCCAGGUCUACUACAGCCUGUGGCGGAAGCUCCUCAAGGCCUUCUGGUGGCUCGUGGUGGCUUACACCAUGCUGGUCCUCAUCGCCGUCUACACCUUCCAGUUCCAGGACUUCCCUGCCUACUGGCGCAACCUCACUGGCUUCACCGAUGAGCAGCUGGGGGACCUGGGCCUGGAGCAGUUCAGCGUGUCCGAGCUCUUCUCCAGCAUCCUGGUACCCGGCUUCUUCCUGCUGGCCUGCAUCCUGCAGCUGCACUACUUCCACCGGCCCUUUAUGCAGCUCACCGACAUGGAGCACGUGUCCCCGCCCGGCAGGCGCCUCCCGCGCUGGGCUCACAGGCAGGAUGCAGUGAGCGGGACCCCACUGCUGCAGCAGCAGCAGCAGGAGGAGGAGGAGGAGGAGGAGGAGGGCCCCAGGGAUGAGGGGCUGGGCAUGGCCACUCCCCACCAGGCCACCCAGGUGCCUGAAGGCGCAGCCAAGUGGGGCCUGGUGGCCGAACGGCUGCUGGAGCUGGCAGCCGGCUUCUCGGACGUCCUCUCACGGGUGCAGGUGUUCCUGCGGCGGCUGCUGGAGCUGCAUGUCUUCAAGCUGGUGGCCCUGUACACCGUCUGGGUGGCCCUGAAGGAGGUGUCGGUGAUGAACCUGCUGCUGGUGGUGCUGUGGGCCUUCGCCCUGCCCUACCCACGCUUCCGACCCAUGGCCUCCUGCCUGUCUACUGUGUGGACCUGCGUCAUCAUCGUGUGUAAGAUGCUGUACCAGCUCAAGGUUGUCAACCCUCAGGAGUAUUCCAGUAACUGCACCGAGCCCUCCCCGAACAGCACCAACCUGCUGACCACGGAGAUCAGCCAGUCCCUGCUGUACCGGGGGCCCGUGGAUCCCGCCAACUGGUUUGGGGUGCGGAAAGGGUUCCCCAACCUGGGCUACAUCCAGAACCACCUGCAGGUCCUGCUGCUGCUGGUGUUCGAGGCCAUCGUGUACCGGCGCCAGGAGCACCACCGCCGGCAGCACCAGCUGGCCCCGCUGCCUGCCCAGGCCGUGUUCGCCAGCGGCACCCGCCAGCAGCUGGACCAGGAUCUGCUCGGCUGCCUCAAGUACUUCAUCAACUUCUUCUUCUACAAAUUCGGGCUGGAGAUCUGCUUCCUGAUGGCCGUGAACGUGAUUGGGCAGCGCAUGAACUUUAUGGUGACCCUGCACGGCUGCUGGCUGGUGGCCAUCCUCACCCGCAGGCACCGCCAGGCCAUCGCCCGCCUCUGGCCCAACUACUGCCUCUUCCUGGCUCUGUUCCUGCUGUACCAGUACCUGCUGUGCCUGGGGAUGCCCCCGGCCCUGUGCAUCGAUUACCCGUGGCGCUGGAGCCGGGCUGUCCCCAUGAACUCUGCGCUCAUCAAGUGGCUGUACCUGCCUGAUUUCUUCCGGGCCCCCAACUCCACCAACCUCAUCAGCGACUUCCUCCUGCUGCUGUGCGCCUCCCAGCAGUGGCAAGUGUUCUCAGCUGAGCGCACGGAGGAGUGGCAGUGCAUGGCUGGUGUCAACACCGACCGCCUGGAGCCGCUGCGGGGGGAGCCCAACCCUGUGCCCAACUUUAUCCACUGCAGGUCCUACCUCGACAUGCUGAAGGUGGCCGUCUUCCGGUACCUGUUCUGGCUGGUGCUGGUGGUGGUGUUUGUCACGGGGGCCACCCGAAUCAGCAUCUUCGGGCUGGGCUACCUGCUGGCCUGCUUCUACCUGCUGCUCUUCGGCACCGCCCUGCUGCAGAGGGACACGCGGGCCCGCCUCGUGCUGUGGGACUGCCUCAUUCUGUACAACGUCACCGUCAUCAUCUCCAAGAACAUGCUGUCGCUCCUGGCCUGCGUCUUCGUGGAGCAGAUGCAGACCGGCUUCUGCUGGGUCAUCCAGCUCUUCAGCCUUGUGUGCACCGUCAAGGGCUACUAUGACCCCAAGGAGAUGAUGGGCAGAGACCAGGACUGCCUGCUGCCCGUGGAGGAGGCCGGCAUCAUCUGGGACAGCAUCUGCUUCUUCUUCCUGCUGCUGCAGCGCCGCGUCUUCCUCAGCCAUUACUACCUGCACGUCAGGGCCGACCUCCAGGCCACCGCCCUGCUGGCCUCCAGGGGCUUUGCGCUCUACAACGCUGCCAACCUCAAGAGCAUCGACUUCCACCGCAGGACAGAGGAGAAGUCCCUGGCCCAGCUGAAAAGACAGAUGGAGCGUAUCCGUGCCAAGCAGGAGAAGCACAGGCAGGGCCGGGCGGACCGCGGUCACCCCCAGGACACCCUGGGCCCCAAGGACCCAGGCCCGGAGCCAGGGCCCGACAGUCCAGGGGGCUCCUCCCCGCCACGGAGGCAGUGGUGGCGGCCCUGGCUGGACCACGCCACAGUCAUCCACUCCGGGGACUACUUCCUGUUUGAGUCUGACAGCGAGGAAGAGGAGGAGGCUGCCCCUGAAGACCCUAGGCCAUCGGCCCAGAGUGCCUUCCAGAUGGCAUACCAGGCAUGGGUGACCAACGCCCAGACGGUGCUGAGGCGGCAGCAGCAGGAGCAGGCAAGGCAGGAGCAGGCAGGACAGCUACCCACAGGAGGUGGCCCCAGCCAGGAGGUGGAGCCGGCAGAGGGCCCCGAGGAGGCAGCGGCAGGCCGGAGCCACAUGGUGCAGAGGGUGCUGAGCACGGCGCAGUUCCUGUGGGUGCUGGGGCAGGCGCUGGUGGAUGGGCUGACGCGCUGGCUGCAGGAGUUCACCCGGCACCACAGCACCAUGAGUGACGUGCUGCGGGCAGAGCGCUACGUCCUCACGCAGGAGCUCCUGCAGGGUGGCGAAGUGCACCGGGGCAUAUUGGAUCAGCUGUACACAAGCGAGGCCGAGGCCACGCUGCCAGGCCCCACCGAGGCCCCCGACGCACCAAGCACAGUGUCCAGUGGGCUGGGCGCGGAGGAGCCACUCAGCAGCACAACGGACGACACGGGCAGCCCCCUGAGCACUGGCUACCACACGCGCAGUGGCAGCGAGGAGGCGGUCGCUGACCCCGGGGAGCACGAGGCUGGCACCUCUCUGCACCAGGGACGCAUGCGGACGGCCAGCGAGCUGCUGCUGGACAGGCGCUUGCGCAUCCCAGAGCUGGAGGAGGCAGAGCUGUUUGCGGAGGGGCAGGGCCGGGCGCUGCGGCUGCUGCGGGCCGUGUACCAGUGCGUGGCCGCCCACUCAGAGCUGCUCUGCUACUUCAUCAUCAUCCUCAACCACAUGGUCACGGCCUCUGCUGGCUCGCUGGUGCUGCCCGUGCUCGUCUUCCUGUGGGCCAUGCUGUCCAUCCCGCGGCCCAGCAAGCGCUUCUGGAUGACGGCCAUCGUCUUCACCGAGGUCUCAGUGGUCGUCAAGUACCUGUUCCAGUUUGGAUUCUUCCCCUGGAACAGCCACGCGGUGCUGCGGCGCUACGAGAACAAGCCCUACUUCCCGCCGCGCAUCCUGGGCCUGGAGAAGACUGACGGCUACAUCAAGUACGACCUGGUGCAGCUCAUGGCCCUCUUCUUCCACCGCUCCCAGUUGCUGUGCUACGGCCUCUGGGACCACGAGGAGGACUCACCAUCCAAGGAGCAUGACAAGAGCGGCAGGAAGGAGCAGGGGGCCGAGGAGGGGCCAGGGGCCCUGCCGGAACCCCAGGCCAAGGCAGGCACAGGGCUCGAGGAGGAGCCAGGAGUGCCCGAGGCCACCACCGAGGACCAUGUUCAGGUGGAAGCGAGGGUCGUACCGACGGAUGGGACCCCAGAACCCCAAGCGGAGCUCAGGCCCCGUGACACGAGGCGCAUCAGUCUACGUUUCAGGAGGAGGAGGAAGGAGGGCCCAGCACAGAGAGGACUGGCAGCCAUCGAAGCUGAGGACAGGGAGGAAGAGAAAGAGGCCCCCACGGGGAGAGAGAAGAGGCCAAGCCGCGCUGGAAGAAGAGUGAGGGCGGCUGGGCGGCGGCUACAGGGCUUCUGUCUGUCCCUGGCCCAGGGCACAUACCGGCCGCUACGGCGCUUCUUCCAUGACAUCCUGCACACUAAGUACCGCGCAGCCACCGACGUCUAUGCCCUCAUGUUCCUGGCCGACGUCGUCGACUUCAUCAUCAUCAUUUUUGGCUUCUGGGCCUUUGGGAAACACUCGGCGGCCACGGAUAUCACGUCCUCCCUAUCAGACGACCAGGUACCCGAGGCCUUCCUGGUCAUGCUGCUGAUCCAGUUCAGUACCAUGGUGGUCGACCGCGCCCUCUACCUGCGCAAGACCGUGCUGGGCAAGCUGGCCUUCCAGGUGGCGCUGGUGCUGGCCAUCCACCUAUGGAUGUUCUUCAUCCUGCCUGCCGUCACCGAGAGGAUGUUCAGCCAGAACGUGGUGGCGCAGCUGUGGUACUUUGUGAAAUGCAUCUACUUCGCCCUGUCCGCCUACCAGAUCCGCUGCGGCUACCCCACCCGCAUCCUUGGCAACUUCCUCACCAAGAAGUACAAUCACCUCAACCUCUUCCUCUUCCAGGGGUUCCGGCUGGUGCCGUUUCUGGUGGAGCUGCGGGCAGUGAUGGACUGGGUGUGGACGGACACCACGCUGUCCCUGUCCAGCUGGAUGUGCGUGGAGGACAUCUAUGCCAACAUCUUCAUCAUCAAAUGCAGCCGAGAGACGGAAAAGAAAUAUCCGCAGCCCAAAGGGCAGAAGAAGAAGAAGAUCGUCAAGUACGGCAUGGGUGGCCUCAUCAUCCUCUUCCUCAUCGCCAUCAUCUGGUUCCCACUGCUCUUCAUGUCGCUGGUGCGUUCCGUGGUCGGGGUCGUCAACCAGCCCGUCGAUGUCACCGUCACCCUCAAGCUGGGCGGCUACGAGCCGCUGUUCACCAUGAGCGCCCAGCAGCCGUCCAUCAUCCCCUUCACGGCCCAGGCCUACGAGGAGCUGUCCCGGCAGUUUGACCCCCACCCGCUGGCCAUGCAGUUCAUCAGCCAGUACAGCCCUGAGGACAUCGUCACGGCGCAGAUUGAGGGCAGCUCCGGGGCGCUGUGGCGCAUCAGCCCACCCAGCCGCGCCCAGAUGAAGCGGGAGCUCUACAACGGCACAGCUGACAUCACCCUCCGCUUCACCUGGAACUUCCAGAGGGACCUGGCCAAGGGAGGCACCGUGGAGUACGCCAACGAGAAGCACAUGCUGGCCCUGGCCCCCAACAGCACUGCACGGCGGCAGCUGGCCAGCCUGCUCGAGGGCACCUCGGACCAGUCUGUGGUCAUCCCAAAUCUCUUCCCUAAGUACAUCCGUGCCCCCAACGGGCCCGAAGCCAACCCUGUGAAGCAGCUGCAGCCCAAUGAGGAGGCCGACUACCUCGGCGUGCGCAUCCAGCUGCGGAGGGAGCAGGGUGCGGGGGCCACCGGCUUCCUUGAAUGGUGGGUCAUCGAGCUGCAGGAGUGCCGGACCGACUGCAACCUGCUGCCCAUGGUCAUCUUCAGCGACAAAGUCAGCCCACCGAGCCUCGGCUUCCUGGCUGGCUACGGGAUCAUGGGGCUGUAUGUCUCCAUCGUGCUGGUCAUCGGCAAGUUCGUGCGUGGAUUCUUCAGCGAGAUCUCGCACUCCAUCAUGUUCGAGGAGCUGCCGUGCGUGGACCGUAUCCUCAAGCUCUGCCAGGACAUCUUCCUGGUGCGGGAGACUCGUGAGCUGGAGCUGGAGGAGGAGUUGUACGCCAAGCUCAUCUUCCUCUACCGCUCACCAGAGACCAUGAUCAAGUGGACUCGUGAGAAGGAGUAGGAGCUGCUGCUGGCGCCCGAGAGGGAAGGAGCCGGCCUGCUGGGCAGCGUGGCCACAGGGGGAGGCACUCCUCAGGCCGGGGGAGCCACUGCCCCAUCCGAGGCCGCCAGCUGUGAUGCAUCCUCCCGGCCUGCCUGAGCCCUGAUGCUGCUGCCAGAGGACACUGCAUCCCCAUGGCCGGGGUGGUGCUGCCCCCGCUGUG